AAAGCCAACGUCGCGUACGGUGAGGACGCCAGUCGGCAGGAGGAAACUUUUAUGAAAGUGCACAGCUCGAUUUCCCUCCACGAUCGCAUAAACUACAACUGUGUCCAGCACAACAAGAGCAAUUGCAGCAAACGAAGUGUGAAGUGAAGCUUUUCGUUCAUCACUAGUAGUGCAAGUGUCUUCAUCAUGCUAGUAGAAAAAGGCAACCGCUUGAAGACUAUACCACUACCAGUGCAAUUUUGCACGGCAAAGAUUGGGGAGAUGUCGUGCACAGUCUCAUAAAGGUCGCCUCGAUCCUACCAAGAGAACAGUUCGUGGACCGCAGGCUGAUCACGCAAGAACUGAUAUCCUGCCUCAAAUCGCCCCGAACUUCUAGAACUUGUCGUGCAACUUUGCAAAAACGUGCUGCAUAUGCAUGCGCAGUCUAGCAGCUGCUCCGAACUUGUAGUGCAAAUUUGCAGAUCUUGACUCUCGUCCGAGAUCGGUGCAAACCCAGAACCAGCUUCUUCACUUCUGGCGUGUCAACCAGGACUUUUUUUUUUUACGUUUGCACUAGCCCUGACGUACUCGUAGUACCACAGGAUAGCAACGCUAUCGGCACUACUGGGGACGGAUUCUUGACACAGGAUAACUGCUAUCCUAUGUAAAAACGUACCCACCCCAUAGUCAAGAUGGGGAAUCGGCUAGACAAAUCCACAAGCUUUGGCUGUUUCGCAUGACAAAUUUGGACGCGUAGUGUAGUGCUGU